AUCCAUGGCCUCUCAGUGAUUCACACCCGCCGUUGCCCUCUUUCCGAUCUGCAUUGCGGGAAUCAAGAAUCAAGAUGAAGAUGGAGAAUAUUGAAGCAAGUAGAUUUCGGUCGGUAAAAGGGAGGGGUUUGUGUCCGCCGUCAAGAUCGAUGCCGGACUUGUUGCCUGAUUGGAUGUUGAUAUCCGUGAUUGCAGCAUAUGGAAGAUCAGGCGUGUUGUACGAAGCCAUGAAUCGGUCUACCCGCCACACCCGCGCUUUGAUGGAUUUGCCCUACGAUGCCUCCCAAUUCGAAGAAAUCAGCCGCGAAGUCGUCAUUCUCAAGGAACUCGAUCAUCCCAACCUCGUCAAAUGCUACGAUGUUGUCAUCUCUGAGGAUACCGGACGGAUUUUUCUAAUCCUCGAACCCCUUUGCGCAUCUUUUGAAGGCGAGAGCAUCACAGCUGAAUCCGACCUCGUUAAUCUCGCCCAUCAACUCAUCUUGGGGUUGACUUACCUCCACCAAAACAAGAUUGCACACGGAGAUAUCAAACACUCCAAUGUCUUCUUCAGUCAUACACGCCAAACCAAGCUUCUGUAUUUAGGGGAAACUUUGUCUAAUGAGCCACCACCAUUUUUAACUGAAAUUGGAGCUAUGCAUGAUCGGUUCUCGUGGGAUAUAUGGAGUGUGGGGUUCUGCAUUCUCAAAUGGUCCGAAGGUUUGAAUUGGUCACACAGAGAUGUUGGAUUCAAUCAAAAGCAUGAACCAUCACUGGGAAUAGAUUUGAAUUCGUCUGGAAUUUUUCCCUCUUCAUCUAAUGAGGGAGCCCUGGUGUGGAACCGAGAGCUGUUGAGGCUUAUCAUUUCUUGCAUGCAGCCAGAUGUACGGAAGAGAUGGACGGCUGAACAACUUGUUCAUCAUCCCUUAUUUGAUCAAAUGCAAUUGAAGAGAGAGAGAGAUAUAUUUGAUGAAGAGAAAGAGCUAAAAAGUCCUGUAAAGAAAAAAUUCAAACUAUCUACGUGGGAUGAGCAUAAAGGAUAUGGUUUGGAAAGCUCAAAAGAUCCUGCUAGUAGAGUACCUCACAUUGUCCCUGAACGAUGCAUUGAACAUUGCAAACUGUUUCUUCCAAAUUCUGAAUUUGGAAAGGAUAAAUUGGUACAGAUGUGGGUCGCUGAAGACUGCAUUGAGUUACGAGUGGCGGAAAGAAUGGAGAAUGUUGGUUAUUCGUACUUUGAUGCGUUGGUCCGUGAAAAAGUCAUUGUACCUUCAAAGUUUGAUAAAGUUCACAGAGAGAUGAAAUACAAAUUCAAUACGUGUCAAGUGUCGAAUGGGCUCCUUAACCAGGGUAACUAUUUGAGGAUCAAUGCAUGUGAGUUGGGCACGAUCCGCAGAGAGGCCUUGCAUCUAACAUGGCAGUGUAAGAAGAUUGAUCAAACCUUUUUUGAUGUUUUGAAAAAUUUCAAACAAUUGCAUACGCUUGUGGUGAAUGAGGGUUGUUCUGAUUUGAUAACGGUACUGCCCCAUGACAUCUUUUUGGGUUUAAGGUUCUUAAGAACAUUGGAUUUGAGUCGCACUCAUAUAGAAGAGAUUCCAGGUUCAAUUGGAAAGUUGGAAUCACUGCAGUACCUUGACUUCUCUGGGACUCCAAUCAAGCAACUACCUGACUCAACAGAUCGCCUGCAUUGUCUGCAAACAUUAAAUCUUAAAGCGUGCUUUGCACUGUUUACUUUACCAAGAGGGUUGGGGAUGUUGGUUAAUCUUCGCCAUCUAGAUCUUGACAUUGUUAGCCAAUUGAAGUCCAUGCCGAAAGGGAUGGGAAAUUUAAUAAAGCUUCAAACUUUACGAGCAUUCAUUGUCGGGAAGGAUGAUGGGUGUGGUAUAGGAGAGCUGAAACACAUGAAUGAGAUUACAGGGUCCUUUUGUAUAUCAGGCCUUGAAAAUGUCUCCAAUGCAGAGGAAGCCAAGGGAGCCGCACUAUCAGAUAAACAGUAUAUUGACAAGCUGGAGUUGAGAUGGCGCAGGUGUGGCUUUGACAAGUUUCAAGAUACAACUGAAAUUUUAGAAUCACUGCAACCACAUUUUGGCCUGAAAGAGUUACAGUUGACAUUUUAUGGGGGAUUAAAACUUCCGAGGUGGAUAAGCAAUCCAGCCUAUGCUGAUCUUGCCAGCAUAACUCUGUACAAGUGCAUAAAAUGUCACUUCCUGCCCUCCAUUGGGGAACUUCCUUCUCUCAAGCUUCUUCACAUAUUCAGCAUGGAAAAUUUGAGGAACAUCAACACAGUUUUCUGCGGGAAUCAUGAAACUAAAGUGGUUACAGCAUUUCCAAGGCUUGAAGAAUUGACUCUUGAUAGCAUGCCUGCCCUUGAAGAAUGGACUGGAGUUGAGGAUGGUGACUUCCCCCGCCUUCGCCGCAUCUCAGUAAGAUAUUGCCCAAAACUUCGUCUUCUUCCGUCUCUGAUGCUUAUGUGUUCUCUUGAACAUUUGGAGCUACGUGAUUGCACGCAGCUAGUUUCUGUGACCCAAGGGUUAUUGCCUGGUACUCUUGAAUCUCUAAUCAUUAGAGGCUGCCCAGGAAUAAACCGAAGGUGCCGCGAGGAUGGAGGACUAGAUUGGUUGAAGUUUGCUUCUUUGAGGAACAUGUGGAUUGAUUUUGAAAAAAUAUGUUAAGGGCUUGUAGUACUUGCUUCUCUGCCAGCAUUUGUGAGGAACAAAGCCUCUGUCCUCUUCCUUUUUAGAGCUUUGUUUUAAAGUAAACAAAAGAUUGUUAACUUCACCAGUCAUUGCUCUAUAAUUUUCUUCCAGCAGUGAUUCUCAGUAUG